UUUUUUUUUUGUUGUUGUUCCGGCGAAAAAUCAUUCGUUGAUCUCAAAGCGAUCCUGUUUUCCGAUCACAUUUAUAAUCCCUCUUCCUCUCUUUUUUUCAAUUCCUGGGAACCUCCUUUCUGAUUCCACCGGAAACGAACCAAGAAGAAGAUGAAGAAAAUCUUCGGUGUUAAGAAAGAGAAGGAGCCUCCUCCUUCCAUUGAAGAUGCCUCCGAUAGGAUCAAUAAAAGAGGUGAAACAGUGGAAGACAAGAUCAAGAAACUAGAUGCUGAACUCAGUAGAUAUAAGGAACAGAUUAAAAAGACACGACCAGGUCCAGCUCAAGAGGCUAUUAAAGCUCGAGCCAUGAGGGUUCUCAAGCAAAAGCGAAUGUAUGAAGGGCAGCGUGACAUGCUUUACAAUCAGACAUUCAACCUUGAUCAAGUGGCAUUUUCUGCUGAGGGUCUUAAAGAUGCUCAGCAAACACAACCCAAGGGGCAAAGUUCAGGAUCAUUCAGGCGGAGCUUUAUCUGUUCCCUAAUUGGAAUCGGCUGCCUACCUCAUGAGAGGUAGGAGAUAAACCACUUGUCAAUGGGGAGAGGUUUAUUUAUAAAAUAUGUGAUAUAUGAUUGAGCUAUGUUCUAAAUUCUCUUAUACUCAUUCAGGCAUCAAUUUGGCUGUUUAGAAGAGAUAUGCCCUGUGGGAUUCUUACUGAGUGAAAUAUUUGAUUAAAACUUUCCUCAUUGAAAAUUCUAACGUCCCUAUGCUUCUUCCAGAUGUCAGCCUUGAAGUCAGCCAACAAGGAGCUGAAAGGAAUGAUGAAAACUGUGAAGAUUCAAGACAUAGAUAACUUGCAAGAUGAGAUGAUGGACCUGAUGGAUGUGAGUAAUGAAAUUCAAGAGACCUUGGGUAGAAGCUAUAAUGUGCCUGACGACAUUGAUGAGGAAGACCUCAUGGGUGAACUUGAAGCUCUGGAAGCUGACAUGGGAAAUGAAGCUGAUGAAGUGCCUUCUUACCUGCAACCUGAGAAGGAGGAACCUGAUUCGGGUGCAGAGCUCAACCUGCCUUCAGCACCUGCAGGACAUGCUGCACCAGCUGGCAGAGCCAGUGCUCAGGCUGAUGAUGAAUUUGGUCUACCUACUGUUCCUCAAGCAUCCCUCCGCAGCUAGGCAAUGAGCUGAUCUUGUGCAUUACUGCAUACAACAUUAACGCGAGGAAGGUGUAUUGAGCAAGCCCUCGUACACAAUAUUGUGCAGAAGUUACUUCUAUUGAUCAUAUGAUUUAAUUGAUUUUAGGCGAUGGGUUUGUAAUAAGCAUUUUGUUAACUCAUUUUGUGAAAAGGGUUAAAACCGUGUCAAUGGGAACAUCCAUGCUAGGGUUGAAUGGUCAGCUGCAAGAUAGAACCUCACAGGUGGUGGCAUGGGAAAUGAGAGGACGAUCAACAUGGCAAAUUCUCCUUGGUGGUGUUAAUCAUAGGUUUUCCUUUCCACAAACAUUUCUGAUGAUUUUUUGGUAUGAAUAUUUCUGGUGAUUCAUGAUAUGAUAAAUUGAAAUGGAACUGUUCAUUCCAUGACAAUAUCAAUA